AUGGGGGCUGUUCAUGCAUCAAAGAUCUCGAAUACUAUUAAUAGAUCGAUCGUAUGGCUUGAUGCUUCUGUUAAUGAUACAGAAGAAUAUAUCAACGCUCAGCAGUUACUUGGUGCAUCAACAGAUCAUUUAAAAUCAUUCACAGAUGACAAAGCAUGUGAAAAAUAUAUUCAAUCACUACCUAAGGGCCAUCGAAUUAUAUUGAUUGUGGGCGGUCGGUCAGGUCAGUUGAUUGUGCCACGUAUUCAUCAGCUUAUACAAAUUUCAUCAAUCUUUGUUUAUUGCAUGGAUCGGAGAACUGAAGAAUGGACUAAAAUAUAUAAAAAAGUUAAAAAUGUAACAGAAGACAUCAACGAACUUGUAAUUCAAGUUUUAUCAGCUCAAGAAAAGCAAACUACUCACGAUAGAUUUGAAUCUCAAUUGUUAAUUAACGUUUGUCAUACAAGUGGAACUCGAGAAAAAUCUACAACAGAGCUUAAUGGUCAAUUUGUUCAUUCGCAAAUGCUGAUCGACUGUUUACUUCGAAUAAAAUCGAAUUCAACAGACAAGAAAGAAUUUAUUACUUAUUCGAAGAAAGAAUAUGCAAAGAAUGAUUCUCAAUUAGAUAUUAUUCGCGAAUUCGAAGAAAAUUAUUCAGCAGAUCAAGCUUUGAAAUGGUAUACAAGGGAAUGUUUUCUAUAUCAAUUAUUGAAUAAAGCUCUGCGUGUUCAAAAUAUUGAUUUACUUUAUUUAUUUGGAUUCUUUAUACGUGAUCUUCGAAAUCAACUCGAACAAUAUCGAUAUCCAUCCCUAGCGCGUGUCUAUCGCAGUCAAUUAAUCUCUAAAAAAGAACUUCAGCAAUUGAAAAGUUUUAUGGGACAAUUGAUUUCAAUGAAUUCAUUUCUUUCUACGACGCUUGAUAGAGAAGUAGCUGUGUUUUACCUUGGUGAUAUAGAAGUAUCAAAUGGUGAUUUGCAGCCAGUACUGUUUGAGAUUGAAGCUGAUCCUCGUAUUGAUGGAGUUAAACCGUUUGCUAAUAUUACUCCAUUUAGUUAUAUUCCCGAUGAAGAAGAAAUACUUAUGAUGUUAGGAUCGAUCUUUCGACUUGUGCAUAUUCGUUAUGAAGGUCAAUUAUGUAUUAUUCAAUUAAAAUUGAGCAGCGAGAAUGGUCAUGAUGUUAAGCCUAUAUUCGAUCAAAUGAAAAUCGACUAUCUGAACGAAGGACAUUCAAGUGUCGGUGAAUUUGGUAUUGUCCUAGCUAAUAUGGGGAAAUUCGACGAAGCUGAAAGAUACCUUCUUCGUUUACUCGAUGAAUCACCGCCUGAUCAUCACACGAAAGAAACUAAGGAGUAUAAUCUUAGUGUUUGCUAUGUAAAUCUUGGUAAUGUAGCGGAAAGAAAAGGUGACUUCAACAGGGGUCUUGUUUGGUAUCAGAGAGCGCUUUGUAUCAGAUUACAAUUAAGACGAUCAAAUGAUCCUAGCAUUGCCGAUAUUCACAAUUUAGUUGGAGCUUCCUACUAUCGGAAGGGUGAAUACAAGAGUGCGAUUGAAUCUUACAACGAGGCUUUGAAAAUAUAUAGGCAUAAUUACGGUGAAGAUCACACGAAAUUAGCCGUAGUUUUCAGUAAUAUUGCAGCUGUGUAUUUGAAACAAGAGAAAUACUUGGAAGCACUUGAUUGUCAAAAAAAAGUAUUGAACAUUUACAAAAAGAAUUUGCAUGAAAAUCAUUAUCUGUUGGGUGGAUUACACACGAAUAUGGCUACUGCUUAUCUAUAUCUUCACAACUCGGAUCUUGCAUUGGAACACUUCAAUCAGGCAUUGACAAUCUUUCAAAAAACGCUUCCUCCUAAUCAUCCUGACUUUGCAGCUAUAUACAAUAAUAUGGGUACUAUUUAUAUUGAAAAACGAAAUCUUCAACAAGCGUUAGCAUAUUAUGAAAAGGCUGCUGUCAUCCUAAACCAAACUGUAGGACCUACUCAUCCAGAUGCUAUUAGUAUUCAACGAAAUAUUCAAUACAUUCAAAGUUUUAUUCCUAGACGCAAAUGA